CACCUUCAAAGAGCCUUCAGAAGAAGAGCAAACAAGCCAAACGGAGCGGCAGAGCGUGGUGGAGUUGUGUGCACUGAAGAGGCUCGUAGAGGACGACUUUGUAGAGGUUUGAAGAAGGAAGAACCCCACCCGGGCUCCGCACUACUUGCAUGGCGACAGCGAGCACCUCAGGGCUUGGGAGGAAGAAGAAGAGCCCUGGUCUCAUGGAUUCUUUUAGCAAGAUCUUUGGAGGGGACAAGAAGAAAAGGAGCAAGGGGUCAUUCCGGGGUCACCUGGCCGCAUCGCCCCAACAGUCCUCUGCCCGCCGUCGGACCAAUGAAAAUGCUGUGGUCCAGUUCUUCCGCAGCAUUGUUUCCUCACCUCGCCCUAAAUCAAAGUGGAGAGAGGUCUUUGGCUUGGCUUCGUCACCGCGUGCAGAGAGCGCAAAGUCACCAGUCAGACGACGCAGGGAGCAAAGCACACUGUCCAGAAUCUUCAACCUGGGAGAAACCAAGUCCCGUCCACCCCCCAAACGCUGGAGUACCAUCUUCUGAGCUCUCCUCCUCUGAGAUACAAAGUGCAGAUUCAAAGCAGCCGGGCCAGCAUCACGGGAGAACAACACAUCCACACGAUGCAGACUCACUACCAAGCAGCCAUGGCAUGUUAACACACUAACACAGGCUUUUUUUUAAAUCCACCCUCCAGGGAUGGAGGUGGGAACCAUAAUCUUGUCAUGAGGAUGUGCUUUGAGUAAAUAUCCCAAUGUGAAUAUCACUGUUGAUGGUGCUAAUGUUUGCUUGUUUGUUUUUUUUGUACAAGUGACGCUUUGUGUUUCGAUGAACGACUUGUCAUUAAAACAACUUGAAAUGUAGCGUGUUUACGUUUGCACUAGUUUGGAACUGUCAAGCCUCAGUUAUUAAAAACAUGUACAGUAGUAUGUAGAUGAUUUAAAUGGCAGGAAAAAAUGCCCUUUGUAAUUGCACUGUCGCAGACUAAUCAUGGCCCCCCCUGCAAAAUGAAUCGGUGGUUUGUCUUAACGUCGUGUGUGGUUUGUGAAGAAAAAGAACGUUCAAGUUAGUUUACAUAAUGGUCUGUUUGCAAGUGGUUCAAAGGUUGCAGGUGGAAGCAGCAACACGUUUAGGAGUUUAGUCAUUAAAAAUGAUGCAGAAUUGUGGAUUUUGUUACCUGUUGUAAACAAAACGACAUUGUCAGUGUAAUUUCUCCAUGUUCUAUGUACUUAUUUAUCCGCAGAGAAGAGUGUGUAGUGCAUUUUCCUAUUAGAUUUAUGUUUGAAUGUGUAGUCUAACUGGAAAUAAACGUUUGUUGAUAUAUAUCGAUUAAUGAAAUUAUAUUAAAUGUGCCGAAA